UUGCAUUUUGCAGGUGCAAGAUCGGGUUUGCAACGAAUAACUGACGACGAUAAGCUAGAAACAGCAAUAGCUAAGAAGCGAGACGAAUUGCUGCGGCAAGCUGAUCAGGGAGACCUGAUAACUUUUGGGAUUGUGCCCGAGCUCGUCGGGCGCUUUCCAGUGAUUGUUCCUUUCCACAGUCUCGAUAAGAGUAUGCUAGUACGAGUGUUAUCGGAACCGGCAAAUUCACUUUUGGCACAAAAAAAAUUGGAAUUUGCGAUGGAUGGGGCGGACCUGUCCUUCUCAUCCGAUGCACUGGACGAAAUUGCCUCACUUGCUUUGGAACGUAAAACAGGUGCACGUGCAUUGCGUUCCAUUGUUGAGAAGGUGUUGCUGGAAGCGAAAUUUACAGUGCCGGGUAGUGAUAUUGAAAGUGUUCACGUGAGUAGGGAUUCAGUGAUCGGCAAAGCUGACUGUGUGUACAGACGACGAGCACAUCAGGCAACGGGUUAA